AUGCACUACCAGGGUCUGAAGGACUCCAAGCGCGACUUUCACCAGGUGAAGGUGGAGGUCGAGGCGCGUGAGAAAGAGAACAAGGCCUAUAAGGCCCAUCACGAAUCAACAGGUCCCGGAAAAUGGGAGGUGCUUUACCGACUCAUGGAGGAGAGGUAUGACAAGUUGAAGGCGGAGUUCGAGAAGGUGUCGAAGGAGUACGCGGCGCUGAGUGAGAAGGACAAGGCGACGAAAGGAGAGGGCGUGGCGGAGAGUGUGCAAGUCGAUAAAGUUCUCGGAGGUGGAGGACUUCAAGAGGAGGGUAGCUGA